UCGUGUAAAGUCCUGUUUAUCCAGCCGAUGUACCACUCGUCCUCAGUUUUCCCUGGAGGUGUGAACUGUGCAGGUGAUGUGAUUUCAGAGGUUGGAACUUUCUUCAUAUGUCAUGGGUAGCUUGAUUUUUCUAGAACUGGUGUUGUUUGUUCAUUUUCUCGGGAGUUCAGGUGACAUGGCCAGACCAAGCUCUUACCAGAACAUGGACAGACCAUCCGAUUCUCGUUGGAGCAUGGACAGACCACUCGAUUCUCGUCAAAACAUGGAUAGACAACCGGAUUCUCAUCAUGACAUGGACAGACCACCGGAUUCUCAUCAUGACAUGGACAGACCACCAGAUUCUCAUCAUGACAUGGACAGACCCACAGAUUCUCAUCACAACAUGGACAGACCACCGGAUUAUCAUCAUGACAUGGACAGACCACCAGAUUCUCAUCACAACAUGGACAGACCCACAGAUUCUCAUCACAACAUGGACAGACCACGGAUUAUCAUCAUGACAUGGACAGACCCACAGAUUAUCAUCACAACAUGGACAGACCCACAGAUUCUCAUCACAACAUGGACAGACCACCAGAUUCUCAUCAGAAAACACAAGCAGCAUCAGGUUCUCACCAAAAUGCGCAUACAACAUCAGUUCACCAUCAGGAAAUAUUUAUAACGAGCGAAAAUUCAACAACGACAGCAUCCAACCGUACAGAAUCAAGUCUUCAAGCACCGAAACACACCAUGCGUGCCACAGAAACAACAGCUGAAACACCAAGACCUUAUCCCACUACAGCUACAACUCCCCAACCACCCACGUAUGCUCCUACAUCGAGCACGCUGUCCACAUGUCGAUAUACGCCACCCGUCAAACAGCAACAACAGCAACAGAGGAAUCCUCACAGUCAACUACAUCAUCAACACUAGUUCGCGAUGUAAUAUACACAGUUUUUUCGUCAUCAACACCAACCUCAACAGCUGUACCAUCGACAUCGUCCACCCUUACAAAAACAUCCUUUUCACCAUUGACAUCAACGCUAGCUGCACGUCUAGCCACCCCAGUACCCACGUCAUCCUCCUCAGUGUCGGAUAUAUCGCGCACAGUCAGUAGUACACCCUCGACACCAACUACAUCCACAACGACCACAACCUCUACUCCAUCAGCAUUGACUGUCAAAUCACGUGCACUGUCAGCAUCAACUUCUCUUAAAACAACGAUAACAGUUUCAUCGUCGACAUCAUCUAGCACCAGAGCCACGUCGCUCUCGUCACUGCCUCCUCCAUUCAACAGAUUACCCCAGUGGACAUCGACAGAACGUGUCACUGUAAUAACAGAGACAAAACCUCUGUCGUCGGCAAGAAUAAGCUUAGAAAGAUGGGUAGAAGGAGUGGAGCAGCUCGGAGGCAUAGUAGGAGGAGCAGUAGGUGGCGUCUUUCUCGUUAUUAUCGCAACUGUCUUUUUCUUCCGGCGCAGACAGAGGAUCAGGAGGAGAAACAAGAUGUCACUGGAAGAUGACAGGGUCGUUUCAAACAACGAGGCAGAGGUACCUGUCCAGCGUCAUGACGACGAACAAUCCAUGGACAAUUUUUACAGGACCAGUCUGUAACUUUUGUAUGCCAGGGUUAUAUCCCUGGAUGUUUGUCACCGUGAGCAGCGCUACCCGAAGUGACAAAGUCUAGCCUCGGCAACUGGAACUUUUGUAUAAGUAUUUAUGAUCCAGGCCAACGCGGAGAUUGCAGUUUAAUGGCAUAUAAAUUGGAAACGGAUA